AUGGCUGGAAAAGAUGAUGAUGAAGUAAUAUUGCAAGCGUUUAUGGUCAAGAGGUCUCAAAAUAAAAAGCUAUUUACACCGGUCAACUACAAGGAACGCUGGCUGGUUCUGACUCGCCGAGCACUUAUUUAUUAUGACACGGAUGGCGAGCUCGUCCCGCCUUUCCCAACCUGGUCGAGUGCAGCGUUGCGACGCUGUAUAAGGAGACCACUGCGUACUAACUUUGGCCUUCGGCUCUUCAGACAUACGGCGGACGUGAGACGGAAGGAGCGUGGGCGCAUCGACACGGGUGCAAUCCAUACAGUGGAGCAAGCGCAGUUGGGGGAGCUAAGCAAACACAUACCGGAGGGUGACGGUGAGAAGAGCCCCGUUUAUAGAUAUCCCUUUCAGGUGGGGUACUCGGAACAAAACACUGACUACACACUAUACCUAGUCGCCGGUGAUCAUACGGAACGCCUGCAGUGGAUCCACACAAUCAGAUCGGUCUGCGCAGUGAGUGGACGCCGAAGUCGAUACCACCCCGGCGCGUGGUCGGCGCGGCGCUGGAGCUGCUGUGACGCGGAGCGACGCUCCGCCCCCGGCUGCGCAGUCGCAGACCUCUGGACGCUCAUAGAGUCUGACCUUGACUUGCUCACACCACCGCAAGACAACCGAUUGUCGAACGACGUAACACCGGUCACGGCGGCAGUCACGAUGCCCGGGGGAGGCGGCGCUCCUCCAGGCACUCCCUCUGCCAAGCCAAAGGAGAAGCAGAGAACCAAAGUCGUGGUAGCUCUGUAUCCCUUCAGAGCUAUUGAAAGUGGAGAUCUCUCAUUAGAAAAGGGCGCCGAGUAUGAAGUCAUAGACGACUCCCAAGAUCAUUGGUGGAAAGUUAAAGAUGAGAAUGGGUCGGUGGGCUACAUACCGAGUAAUUACGUUAAGGAAAAAGAAACAAUAGGAUUGCAGAAAUAUGAGUGGUACGUUGGCGAGAUGUCGCGACAACGUGCAGAGUCCCUCCUCAAACAGGAGGACAAAGAGGGCUGCUUCGUAGUACGCAAUUCCUCCACCAAGGGCAUGUACACUCUCUCCUUAUAUACCAAAGUCUACCACCCUCAAACGAAGCACUACCAUAUAAAGCAGAACAGUCGCGGUGAGUUCUAUCUAUCGGACAAGCACUGCUGCGCCAGUAUUCCGGACCUUAUAAACUACCACAAGCACAAUAGCGGGGGCCUGUGUUCCCGGCUGAAGACUACGCCCUGCGACCGGCCUGCGCCGCCCACUGCCGGACUCUCGCACGAUAAAUGGGAGAUUGAUCCAUCGGAAUUAGUGUUACUAGAAGAGUUGGGGGCCGGUCAGUUCGGCGUGGUGAGGCGAGGCAAGUGGCGCGGUCGUAUCGACACCGCCGUUAAAAUGAUGAAGGAGGGCACUAUGUCUGAAGACGACUUCAUUGACGAGGCAAAAGUCAUGACGAAACUCCAACAUCAAAACUUAGUGCAGCUGUACGGCGUGUGUUCGAAACAUCGCCCUAUAUACAUAGUGACGGAGUACAUGCGACACGGCUCUCUCUUCAACUACCUGCGACGAACUUCCCCCGACCAACUCGGACCGGCUGUACUGCUGGAUAUGUGCAUACAAGUUUGCAAAGGAAUGGCGUAUUUAGAAAGGCACAAUUAUAUUCAUCGAGAUUUAGCUGCAAGAAAUUGUUUGGUUGGCGACGAGAAUGUUGUAAAGGUGGCGGAUUUCGGUUUGGCACGAUAUGUAUUAGACGACCAGUACACCAGUUCUGGCGGCACAAAGUUCCCCAUCAAAUGGGCACCCCCUGAAGUGCUCAACUACACUCGCUUUUCAUCAAAAUCAGAUGUUUGGGCUUUCGGUGUACUAAUGUGGGAAGUAUUUACUUGUGGCAAAGUACCAUACGGACGCGUGAAGAACUCCGAGGUAGCAGAUAUGGUUCAACGUGGCAUGCUCCUAGAGAAACCGAAGGGUUGUCUCAACGAAAUAUACAAUGUGAUGCGGCUGUGCUGGCGACGGUUGCCGGAGGAGCGUCCGUCGUUCCGCGCGCUGAAGGAGGAGCUGGCCGUCAUCGCCAACAGCGUGCUGGCCGACUGA